CACAGUGGCCGCACAGUGCCGCACACAGUCGUUGGCGGUAACGCGUUGCUUUCGGUUCGGUUACGGCACAUAAGCGGUUAACACUUCCACAGAGAAGUAUACGCACGGAGCUAGAAGUGAUUUGAACGUUUUUUAAUUAGGAAUUUUAGGUGCUCUCGAAGAUGACGGGGACGGUGCGGAUGGUGCGGAGAGCGCGCAAGGGAGUCGGCUGGAGGGCGCUGGCGAUGACGAUGUCGCUGCUGGUGAUGGCCACAUGGCUGGAGCCCAGCCAGAGCUUGCCGCAAGGUGCACCGGAAACGGUGUGCGACACAAUGCUGCCGUUCCAUUCGGGUGGCAGUGUGCUGCCCCAGAACAGCGUCUCCCCCUUCAGCGUGGAGACCUCCGCCUCGACGGUGGGCCAGGGCCAGACGGUGCGCGUGGAUGUGACGGGUGUGCCGGAGGGUCUGACCUUCGGCGGGUUCAUGGUGCAGGCCCGCAACCGCAAUCCACCCCACCAGAUUGUCGGCCAGUUCAGCCCGGCCCGCGACGGUACCGUCAAGCUAAUGAACUGCGAGAACUCCGUGAACAACUCGGCGACGCACAGCAAUGCCGGAGCCAAGCCGCAGGUCUACCUGGAGUGGCAAUCCCCGGUGGACUUCCUUGGCCAGGUGGUCUUCAAUGCCACGAUUGCCCAAUCGUACAGCGAGUUCUGGGUGGGCGUGCCCUCCAAUCCUGUGCAGAUUGUGAGGCGUGACCUGGGCGCCGUGCCACUGCCCACAGCUGGUCCACAGCCCGCUUUUGGUUCGGCUCUACCCACCACUCGAGCUCCGUAUGUGCCGCCCAACUAUGUGGCGCCCAGCGCUGUGGCAGCCACCGCCGAUCCCUUCUACAACGGCUGCGGCGUGAGCAAGAACUGCUUCGGCUUUCCGGAUGGCUGUGUGAACACCAAGACCUGCACCUCCGUUGCCGCCGUGACCGUGCGCGGGGACAUCUACGAGUUCGAGAUUCAGUCUGGCAGGGGCAACAAUGCUGCCUACGUGGCUGUUGGUCUCUCAGACGAUGCCAAGAUGGGUGAGGACCUGACCACCGAGUGUGUGCCCGAGAACGGGCGUGUCACCAUGUACUCCUCCUACACCUCGGCCACUCCCUAUGCCGCCGUCAGAACCAGCGUGCCCCAGAACUCGGCUCGACUGCUGAAUGCCUCGCUUGUGGACGGCGUAAUCUACUGCAGGGUGGCGCGCGAUCCCGUGACUGUGGUAAAGGGACGCACCUUCGACCUGAGAAGGCAACAGUACCAUCUGCUCGUGGCCUCCGGCAGCAGCCUGAAGGAGAACAGUGUGGGCUACCACGACAUUGGCCGCCUGCCUUCGGGCAAGGCCAUCAACCUGGCCGAAGUGCAGGACCUGAGUGGCUCCAGCAAUCUGCUCGUGCAGCUGCAUGGCGCCUUCAUGAUCGCCGCCUGGAUCGGCACCACCUCGCUGGGCAUCAUCUUUGCCCGCUACUUCAAGCAGACGUGGGUGGGCAGCCAGAGCUGCGGCAAGGAUCAGUGGUUCGCGUGGCAUCGCCUGCUCAUGGUCACCACCUGGUCGCUGACAAUAGCCGCCUACAUCCUCAUCUGGGUGGAGCUGAAGCGCGCCGUGUGGCAUGCCCACUCCAUCAUUGGCCUCAUCACCGUCAUACUCUGCUUCCUCCAGCCCAUUGGCGCUCUGUUCCGGCCCGGACCCAACGACAAGAAGCGGCCGUACUUCAACUGGGGCCACUGGUUGGGCGGCAAUCUGGCGCACAUCCUCGGCAUUGUGACAAUCUUCUUCUCGGUGAAGCUGCCCAAGGCUGAGCUGCCCGAGUGGAUGGAUUGGAUUCUGGUCGCCUUCGUGGUGGUCCAUGUCCUCGUCCACCUGAUAUUCUCUAUUGGCUUGUGCUUGAAUCAUUGGCAGAUCACGGGCAUGGCCUCGGAGCGGCACCUCAGCCAGCGGGCGAACACCUUCCAGAUGGGCGAAAUGUCGCCGCAUCAUCAACAGCACGCCAUGCGCAAUGGCAUGAGCAUGGAGCGGAAAAUGGAUGCACCGUACGGUGCCAUGCGCAAGGGACUGCUGGGAGUCUAUGGCGUGGUUCUUGUUCUGUUUGUUGUGGUGCUAAUUCUUCUAGUGGUGCUGGCACCCAUUGAACAAUUUCUGGGCAAGUCCUAGACUCAUGAAUCUGGUGGAAGACGUAGCCUAAGACAGUGUUUUCCCUCCCCCACCUACCCUUCCACCUCUGCUCUCUAAGCCAACCGAUGGCCUCCGAUAUUGCUCAUUGUUUAACCCCCGCCCCCACCACCACCCCUGAUUACUGAUUCAUCUCUCCCCUAUACCGUUUUCUACAUAUAUAUAUUUACAUAUAUAUGCACGUGUUUGUAUGUAUUUUGUGUGUCAUUCGGGGUAGCAGAGCGUUCAGUACAUGUUAUAUAAUUUAUUAUUAAUAAAAGUAAAACAAGCCAACAUAAAUGCA